GCUGACUAAAAAUUUUGUUGAAACGGCACCUCUUACGUUAUUUUGUUAAUAAAAGUUUGUCUUUCUUGAGAAAUGCUUGCUAAGUUGUUAUAAUGGGAACACUGUUUAGAUCAUAGGACACGGUUACACCCCACCUAACCAAUUCUCCUUCUUUUUUCCUUUCAUUUUCGUUUUGUGUUUGUAAACAAUAUAUUAUUAUUAAUCACCCAUCCGUUUUUGCGCUAUUAUUUUGUGUUCCGGUGCGCCUUUUUGAUAAUUUUUCGAAAUUACGUUCUUAUAUUAUUAUGCACUACUCUAUGCUUAGUAAUUUUACAUUAGUUGUUUUUAUGCUGUUUGUCUACUUCUGCCAUAGUCCAAUGUCACCAAGCCUCGCAAAGGACCCAUAACUACUGAUUUAACUUUUCAGAUCAAGUUCAGGUGUAUUGAAUUAAGGUUUGUGAUUAUGCUGAUCAUGUUGUGUUAUUGAACAACUAUAAAAAUAUAAUCAAACCAUGAAUAAGAAGUUGUUUUUAGCCAUGAGUCGUCGUCGCAUAUCGUGCCCGCUGGCUGUACAGCAGUUAUGGGAUGCUGUAAAAGUAAUACGAUUUCAAAGGCAAGUACCAGACAUAGAUAGGAUUACAAAAUACAUGACCAAAGUACACAACAUGCAAUCAGAAGAAGUCGCUAGACAGUUGAAUUAUUGUGUACGAGAUAGUCUUCUAAUUUUAACGAAGAGAGUUGGCAAUAAAGGUUGUAAAGUUGGAGUAGAAACCGAAGGGUAUAAACUUCCUGAAGAAAAGGUUGAUAAAGAUAGUCAUGAUUGGUAUUGUUUUCAAUGUCAUAGUGCUGGUGAUGUUAUAAGUUGUACUUCGUGUCACCGUGUUUAUCAUCUUUCUUGUAUUGAAAAAGAAGAUUUGCCAGAAGAUGAUGUCAAACAUAAGUUUAUAUGUUUUGUCUGUAAAAAAAGCGCAUCAGCAAAAGAAGCAGCUAAAAAAAUUAAAAAGAGCCAACUAAACAGGUUACUUUAUCACACUACCAAUAGACUAAAAGAAAAAAUACCUUUACCGUGGAUAGAGCGCAAAAUCGCCACCACAGCUCCAUCCACUUAUGUUUCAGACAGACUUCAGUUUCAAAGUCAAUUGAAAGGAAGUGAUUUACAAUUUAACAUGAAAUCUGCUUUGAGAGAAAAAGAUACAUGGAGAGUAGAUCUACUUAUAUUCAAAAUUAUUGAUCUUCAAAUGAUCGAAGAAAAGGCUGAUAAUGAUGAAUACAAAAAUGUUGAAGAAUUUCGAGCAGAUGUUUUGACUUUUGUUCAUAAUAUAAUUAUCUUUCACGGAGUUCACAGUAGUUUAGCUGACUAUGGACGAUUAAUGUUGAGGGAUUGUAACCGGGACCUUGAUGAAAUAUUGAGAUGUCGUUGUUGUUACAAACAUUCUAUACAGAAAAAUACAAAAUAUUGGUUUUGUAAGCCAUGCAAACCACCUCAUGAACUUGUCUAUGCUAAACAAGAGGAUUAUCCCUACUGGCCAGCAAAAGUAUUGAAAAUUGAAAAGGAUACUUAUGAAGUCCGUUUCUUCGGCGGAGAUCAUCAACUUGGAGUUAUUGACAAAUCACAAAUAAGGCCGAUAUCUGUUAACAUUCAUACUCUUCAAUCCCAAGGCCGUACAUCACAAUGGAAUAAAGCUUGUGAAGAGUUACGUCGUCAUCAAUUACAGUUAGAUAAAGUCAUCUUUGGUCUUGCAGCACAAUCAUCAUCAUCAUCAUCAAGUUCGUCUUCUGAAAACGAAGAAGACCCACUAAAAACGGAUAAAAAAGUAAAAAUUGAGGAUUUACCAAAAAUAAGAAAAAAGAAAGAUCAAGAAAAUAACAAAGAAGAUAAACAUGAAGUAAAGGAAGAAGAAGCAAAGAAAAAAAAAGAAGAUGAAGAUGAUGAAGGCACUCCAAUAUCAACUAAAAUUGAAGUGAAAACUGUGAUUGAGGCAAAAUCAGAAAUGCAGAACGAAAUGGCAGAACUAAAAGAAGAAGUCACCGAAUUGCCUUUAAAGAGAAAACGUGGUCGGCCUCCGCUGUUAGAAAACAAAGGAACGCCUCCAAAGAAAAUUACUAAAAAGUUGAUAACUCCUCCAAAACCAAGUCCUGAAGUUACUGUUGAAAAAAGACCCAGAGGAAGGCCAAAAAAGACUGUUGAACAAAUUGAUGAUGAUACAGCUGGGAGCACAAAAAAAAAAAGCAAAACCAUCAAAGAUAACAGCAACACUCCCGAAGGUUCAAAAGGAGUAAAAAAUCUAACUUCUCCAAAAAUCAAGUCUCCAAUCAAGGAUAGUGAAACGGAUCAAAAUAUAACGUCCACUACUGAGCGUUUAAAAAAUCCAGAUGUUAUCGAAGAUGAAACGGUUAGUUCUUCUUGUCAAGAUCUAGUGAGGUCAGUUAAGGUACAAACCAAACCAAUGAGUAACAAACCUACAAAAAGCGUAAUAAAUAAAAUUCGAACUGAAAUGGAAAAUGAAAAACGAAAAGCCCUGGAUCAGCUCAUUGCAAGGCAUAAACAAGAGAUUGCUCUUUUACAAGAAAGUCAUAAUAUCGCCUUGUCCGAAGUGAAGAAAAAACAAUGGUGUGUUAAUUGUGAGAGUGAAGCUAUUUAUCACUGUUGUUGGAACACUGCAUAUUGCAGCCCUAAAUGCCAGCUAAUUCAUUGGAGUAAUGAACACAAAAGGCACUGUCGUCGUAAGAGAUGAUUUUUUAGGUGUUAAUUAAACU